AUGUUUCUCUUUGUCUCUCUCUCUCUCUUUACCUUUCUCUCUCCCUGUCGAUCGCUUUUCCUCACUGUCUUUUUUAUUCCCUCUUUUUCUCUAUACCUGUCUAUGCUCCCCUCUUUCUUUUUCAGUAUCUUUGUCUUUUCCAAUCUCUCUCUAUUGAGCAUUGUUUGCCUUCGUCUCACUCUUUCCAUCUAUCUCUCUCUCUCUAUCUCUCUCUCUCUGUCUUUUCCUUAUUGCCUUAUUCUUCUCUUUUUGUCUAUAUCUUUUUGCUUCCCUCUUUUUUUCCUUUCUAUAUCUGUCUUUUCCAGUCUUUCUAGCAAUGUCUCUCUUUAUUUAUCUAUCUUUGUCUGUCUGUCUGUCUGUCUCUCUCUCUACUUUCCUCAAUAUAUAUUUUAUCCUCUCUUUUUUCUAUACCUGAUUUUGCCGAUCUCUCUCUUCCUCUAUAUCUACAUUCUUCUCUCUUUCUCUUAA